GCGAGGCCGGGCGGCGAGGGCGGCGGGGCGGCCCCGCGCGCCGCGGAGGGAUCCCGGGUGAGGCGGCUUCCCGAAGUCAGAGGGGAGGAGGCCAAAAAAGUCGACGGGGGAGGGGAAGCGCGAGCUCGCGCUGGACGCGGCCGGGGCCGGGAAGACAGAACCGGAACCGGAACCCGUGCGCGCGCCUGCGAUCGUCGCGCGGCCCCCACCGCCGGCGGCCUCCUCCGCCCGCCGCGCGCGCUCCCGCGAGGGCCCCAGGACCCGGCGAGCCGGUCCUGCGCUCCGAGUGGUCGCUCUCGCCGCGCCGCCGGCCUCCGGGGCCGGUGCUUCGAGGCCGGGCCGGACGGGAACCUCCCGCCCCUCGCGGGAACCGCCGCCUACCGGCGCGUCGGGGAGGAGCCGCCGCCGCCCGUGCCGACUGCGGAAGAGUCCGGGCCUCCCAGGGAUGGGGAGCAGCCCGCGGCGCUGAGAGACCAAGUUCCUGUCACCUCUGGCUGCGGGACCCCUUCCCCCGGCGCCCGCGGUCGUCCCAGCGCCCGGAGCUUGGUGGGGGCGGCGAGGAAGACGAGAGGGGUCCCCCGGCCCGGGGACAUGGGGCCGCGCGAGCCUGGCGCGGGACGGCCCGAGACGCUGCCUAGUCUGCGGCCACGAGCGGCCGGCAGCCCCAGAUAGAGAGCGGAGACCACAGCGGCUGGCCCCGCGGCGGCGGGGACUCGCGAGCCCCCGAGACUCCGGAGGAGGAGCCGACACCCAGCCCCGAGCUGAUCCCGCCCCAGCCCCGGAGGGACUCCCGGGCCCCUUCCCUGCGGCUCGCCGACUUCCCCCCCGUGACGGAGUUUUCUCCUUGUGCCUUCCCGAGGAUUGCUCUCUAGCUCUUAGAACUCGCCUUCUGGCAGACUUUCUCGGGUUGUUUUGGGAGCUACCCUGUUUUGCUCCGACCUGCAUCCCCUUUCCUUGACCCCUUCCAGUCGGACGUUCUAGAUGACUGAAUGGAGUUUUGAGUUGGACUUUUGUGUCCCUUACGGAGUCGGGCCUGAUCCCAGAGCACUGGGGGUGGGGUGGAGGUGUUACUGUAAAAUGCAAGUUGGAUAAAAGAAGGACCUCUCGCCAAGGGCCCCAAUGAGCGGCACACAGUCCACUAUCACCGACAGGUUUCCCCUCAAAAAACCUAUAAGGCAUGGAAGUAUUUUGAACCGAGAGUCACCAACAGAUAAGAAGCAGAAAGUUGAGCGCAGUGCAUCACAUGAUUUUGAUCCCACAGAUAGCUCCUCCAAGAAGACAAAGUCUAGUUCAGAGGAGAGUAGAUCCGAGAUAUAUGGUCUUGUUCAGCGUUGUGUGAUCAUCCAGAAGGAUGACAAUGGAUUUGGGCUGACGGUCAGUGGAGACAAUCCAGUCUUCGUACAGUCUGUCAAAGAAGAUGGAGCAGCCAUGCGGGCUGGAGUACAGACAGGUGAUCGAAUCAUCAAGGUGAAUGGUACAUUGGUGACUCAUUCAAACCAUUUGGAAGUGGUGAAGCUAAUCAAAUCUGGUUCCUAUGUAGCUCUCACUGUUCAGGGACGCCCACCUGGGUCGCCCCAGAUUCCACUUGCCGAUUCUGAAGUAGAGUCAUCAGUCAUUGGACAUAUGUCUCCCAUCAUGACAUCCCCUCAUUCACCUGGAGCAUCUGGGAACAUGGAGAGAAUUACUAGUCCUGUGCUCAUGGGGGAGGAAAACAAUGUGGUUCAUAACCAGAAAGUAGAAAUUCUGAGAAAAAUGUUACAGAAAGAACAAGAACGGCUGCAGUUAUUGCAGGAAGAUUACAACCGAACACCUGCCCAAAGAUUGCUAAAAGAGAUCCAAGAGGCCAAGAAACACAUUCCUCAGCUGCAAGAGCAGUUAUCCAAAGCCACAGGCUCUGCUCAGGAUGGAGCUGUAGUUACGUCCUCCAGGUCUUUAGGUGACCCCCCGACAGUCAGUGAGGUAGAAGCAGACCCUGGUGACGGACUAGGGAGAAUUGACUACAGCAGCGGAGAUGCUUCUCGGCCCAGUAGUGACAGCGCAGAAAGUCCCAAGAGUGCCCUGAAAGAGAGGAUUUAUCUAGAGGAAAACCCAGAGAAAAGUGAAGUGAUUCAGGACACUGACACUCAGUCACUCAUCGGGAGCCCCUCUCCCCGAAUGGCACCUCAUAUUAUUGGAGCAGAGGAUGAUGAUUUUGGUACUGAACAUGAACAGAUCAAUGGGCAGUGCAGCUGUUUCCAGAGCAUUGAACUACUAAAAUCUCGCCCUGCUCACCUGGCUGUUUUCUUGCACCACGUAGUUUCACAGUUUGACCCUGCAACGUUGCUCUGUUAUCUCUAUUCAGACCUAUAUAAGCAGACCAAUUCCAAGGAGACUCGGCGUGUCUUCCUCGAGUUUCAUCAGUUUUUCCUGGAUCGAUCUGCACACCUGAAAGUUUCUGUUCCUGAUGAAAUAUCAAUAGAUCUAGAAAAAAGAAGACCUGAGCUUAUACCUGAGGAUCUACACCGCCACUAUAUUCAAACUAUGCAGGAAAGAGUCCACCCAGAAGUUCAGAGGCACUUGGAAGAUUUUCGGCAGAAACGUAGCAUGGGGCUGACCUUGGCUGAAAGCGAACUGACAAAACUCGAUGCGGAGCGAGAAAAGGACCGGGUAACUUUGGAGAAGGAACGGGCAUGUGCGGAACAGAUUGUUGCCAAAAUCGAAGAAGUGUUGAUGACUGCUCAGGCUGUAGAAGAAGAUAAAAGUUCAACAAUGCAGUAUGUUAUCCUUAUGUACAUGAAGCAUUUGGGAGUAAAAGUGAAAGAACCUCGAAAUUUGGAGCACAAGCGAGGUCGGAUUGGAUUCCUUCCAAAAAUCAAGCAAAGUAUGAAGAAAGAUCGAGAAGGCGAAGAAAAAGGGAAGCGCAGAGGAUUCCCCAGCAUCCUGGGACCCCCAAGGAGACCAAGCCGUCAUGACAACAGUGCAAUUGGCAGAGCUAUGGAACUACAGAAGCAGCGGCACCCUAAGCACUUAUCCACACCCUCUUCUGUGAGUCCUGAGCCUCAGGACUCUGCCAAGUUGCGCCAGAGUGGGUUAGCAGGUGAAGGAACAGACUUUGGGUACCUGCCAGCCAAUUCCAUGUCCUCUGGGGCCUCAGGGGCCACUCUUUCCCAGGAAGGAGGGAAAGAGAAUGAUCUGGGAUCAAAGCAAGUUGGAGAAACACCUGCAUCUGGAGACUGCAUGGAUGGCGCCCCUCGCACUCCCAAUACCAUCUUCGAUUUCCCACCUCCUCCAUUAGACCAAGUGCAGGAGGAGGAGUGGGAGGUGGAAAGGGUGCCUGAACAUGGGACACCAAAGCCCUUUCGAAAAUUCGACAGCAUAGCUUUUGGAGAAAGUCAAAGUGAGGAUGAACAGUUUGAGAAUGACUUAGAGACAGAUCCACCCAACUGGCAACAGCUCGUUAGUCGAGAAGUGUUACUGGGACUAAAGCCUUGUGAGAUCAAAAGACAGGAAGUAAUUAAUGAAUUGUUCUACACUGAAAGAGCUCAUGUUCGAACACUGAAGGUUCUUGAUCAAGUGUUCUACCAGCGAGUAUCCAGAGAAGGAAUUCUGUCACCUUCAGAACUACGGAAAAUUUUUUCAAACUUGGAAGAUAUUCUUCAACUUCACAUUGGAUUGAAUGAGCAAAUGAAGGCUGUUCGCAAGAGGAAUGAGACCUCAGUUAUUGAUCAGAUUGGGGAAGAUUUACUGACCUGGUUCAGCGGACCAGGGGAGGAGAAGUUGAAACACGCUGCUGCCACCUUUUGCAGUAACCAACCUUUUGCCCUGGAAAUGAUCAAGUCUCGUCAGAAAAAGGAUUCCCGAUUUCAGACUUUUGUGCAAGAUGCCGAGAGCAAUCCGCUGUGUCGUCGUCUGCAGCUGAAGGAUAUCAUUCCUACCCAAAUGCAGAGGCUUACUAAGUACCCUCUUCUGUUAGAUAAUAUUGCCAAAUACACAGAAUGGCCAAUGGAAAGGGAGAAGGUGAAGAAAGCUGCAGAUCACUGUCGUCAGAUCUUAAACUAUGUAAAUCAGGCUGUCAAGGAGGCAGAAAAUAAGCAGCGCUUAGAAGACUAUCAGCGUCGCCUCGAUACCUCCAAUCUGAAGUUGUCAGAGUACCCAAAUGUGGAAGAGCUCAGGAAUUUGGAUUUAACAAAAAGGAAGAUGAUUCAUGAAGGGCCACUGGUCUGGAAGGUGAAUCGGGAUAAAACUAUUGAUCUGUACACGUUGCUGCUGGAAGACAUUCUUGUAUUGUUACAAAAACAGGAUGACAGACUGGUGUUACGAUGUCAUAGUAAGAUUCUGGCAUCUACAGCUGAUAGCAAACACACGUUUAGCCCUGUCAUUAAGUUGAAUACAGUGUUGGUUCGACAAGUGGCAACAGAUAACAAAGCUUUGUUUGUCAUCUCCAUGUCGGACAAUGGGGCCCAAAUUUAUGAACUGGUGGCACAGACAGUUUCUGAAAAGACUGUCUGGCAGGACCUUAUCUGCCGGAUGGCCGCAUCAGUGAAGGAACAGUCGGCGAAGCCAAUCCCACUGCCCCAGUCACCACCUUGCGAAGGAGACAACGAUGAAGAAGAACCUCCAAAAUUAAAAGUGGAGCAUCAUAGCAUUUCAGUCCCUGGUCUGCAGAGUCCAGACAGAGAUUUGGGAUUAGAGUCUCCCUUAAUAUCGUCAAAACCUCAGUCUCAUUCACUGGGUGCCUCUGGGAAGUCCGAGGUAGAUGAUCUGUUUGUGGCUGAGAGACAGUUUGCUAAGGAGCGGCAUGCAGAUGGGACUCUGCAGGAAGCUGGAGCAAGUUACCAAAUCCCAAUCCCAGACCCGCACUUGCCUGCCUCAGAAGAACGGUGGGCCUUGGACGCACUAAGGAAUUUGGGCUUGUUGAAGCAGUUGCUUGUACAACAGCUGGGUUUGGCUGAGAAGAGCACUCAGGAAGACUGGUCACGUUUCCCGAGAUACGGAACAGCGUCUUCCGGGGUGCAGACAGACAGUGUAACCCAGAACUCUGAAAAUAGUAAGGCCUGUCCUCCUGGUGAAGGACAGGUGUCCUUUAGAACUGAAAGUGGUGACAUUUCCACUUGUUACAGUCCACGGACUUCAACUGAAUCUUCUGCUCCACGAGAUUCAGUGGUACUGGCAUUCCAAGAUAGCCAGGCAAGUAACAUUUUAGUAAUGGACCACAUGAUUAUGACCCCAGAGAUGCCUCCUGCAGAGCCAGAAGGGAGUCUUGAUGAGAGUGGAGAGCACUUUUUUGAUGCCCGGGAAGCACAUAGUGAUGAUAAUCCAUCAGAAGGUGAUGGAGUGGUUAAGAAGGAAGAGGAUGUUAAUUUGCGCAUCUCAGGAAACUAUUUGAUCCUUGACGGCUACGAUGCGGUGCAGGAGAGCUCCACGGAUGAGGAGGUUGCUUCCUCACUCCCCCCACCGCCCACGACAGGCGCCCCCCCCACGGACUCUGCCGGCCAGCAGCAGCAUUCUCCCCAGAACGCCCAUUCCGAUGGGGCGCUCUCACCGUUCACCCCGGAGUUCCUGGUCCAGCAGCGCUGGGGAGCUAUGGAGGAUUCCUGUUUUGAGAUCCAGAGUCCCCCCUCUUGUGCAGACUCACAAAGCCAGAUCAUGGAGUACAUUCGUAAGAUCGAGGCUGACCUUGAACACUUAAAGAAGGUGGAGGAAAGUUACAACAUUCUUUGCCAAAGGCUGGCUGGAUCAGCCCUCACAGACAAGCACUCAGAUAAAAGUUAGAGCCGCGUGUCCUGGAGGUGACUGAAGGUUGUUGGAUUUUGAGCGUCGGCCUUGUAUCACCCAUCCUGGCUCCACCGUGGGUGCAGAGAAGAGUGUGUCCCAGAGGGUCUGCCUGUGAACCACCCCCCUCCCCCCCCCCCCCCCCGGGGCAGCCAUGUGCCCGGGUGCCCAGAGCGGGACUAGUUCUUCACAGUCUGGCAGCUGCACUGGUCUGUCAGUGAGGGAGUGUUCGUUCUCUCACUCUGCUCUCCUCACUAUCGGAAAUUCAUUUUGAUUCACAACAGAAACCAAAUGUAUAGAGCUUUGGGUGUAGGAUAUGAAAUUUUACUUAGACUUAAGAAAAAGAGAAAAUCAGAUGUAUUUAUUUGACUUCAUUCCGUAUUUGAAAGCACAUUUUAAUUUUUAUUUUGCCAUGUUUUGUUUUGAGUAGUGAGAGUUUUAGCCCUUUGUAUUUGGUACACCCAAGGGUCAGUUGCUCCUGAAGCCAAGAGUUCAGGAUAAGGUGUUAGGAGGUUGGGUAGAGAGGUGAAGGAGAGGGGGAAGUAAGCAGGGGGAGCAAGGAGCAUCUAGCUUCCACUAAACUGUAUUCCAUGCCCUCUGCUGCCCAGUGGGCGUCGUCUUUGAGGGUCACCUCAAAGGCAUAGUAUGCCCGUGGCUCCGCUCCUGUGUGCGGAGGACUUGAGCCGUGUGCUACCCAGAUGGGCAGAGAGCUAGGUGGGCUUCCUCCCACGUGAGGCGAGCACCUCUUCUCUGUAGCCGGGAUCAACCCCCAAUUAACAGAAAUCCUCAGUGUACUAAAGAGCAGGCACUUGAAAAUGGGUGUGUUCUUCUUGUCUUCUUUCUAUCGAGGGUAGGGAUUUGGGAGGGAGAGGAAAGCAAAUUUUAUUUUCUUGGCUAUAAAUUUGCUAUUCUUGGUAUUGUUUCAUUUUUAUAAUUAUACAUUAGACUUCGGCACUUGUGUAAAAUUAUCCCUGCAGGUUGAGCGGGAAGUAAAAACAAACAAAUGGAGAUGCUUCAGAUGGUGGCAGGGGUGGGGGUGCUGAGGAAGGGGGGGAUGGGAGCGGGGAAAAGAGUUUGGGAAGGUUAUCUAACUGAAUCACUACUGAGUUGAACCAUGGCUCUCAUUAGCCACGGGUACUGCUGAAUAUAAGGCCAGUAAAAUUUUAGUACCUGGAGGUUUGACUCUUAAUAUUAAUUUUGCACUGAUGGGUGCCAAAGGGCUCUCUGAGUUCAAAGGAGAGCUGCGAGUGGAGUGGAGAGAGAUGAGGUGGAGAAGGCAGAGCCGCUCAAACCAGCUCCCGAAGCACUUCCUCUGACUUCACUGCCGGAGCUUUUUCCACACUGGUGCAUGACCGACCUUACAAGUUGCAGACCAGAGCAUACACUGGAUACUGUGGGCAAGGGGUUGCUAACUGCCUGCUCUAGAAUGAAUUGUAGUAUUGGCUGCCCCCUGCAGAGGGUAAAUGUUUCAGAAUUGUAACUUGCGAACUCCUUCAGUGAUACUGGCUUUCUGUGGUUUUCUUUGUGCAUCGGGUAUAUGUGUUUUGGAGUAUUUUUGCCAACUAAAGCUAAAUCAUGGGUCAAGUCUUCAAAUUCUGUUACUACAUAAAGAGUACCUCCACUGCUCAUUUCAGUAGUGCCCUCUGAACUCUGUGGGUAAUCAGGAAGUAAUUUUACUCUUCCCCCGCACUCUCAUCGCAAGCGGUAAGGAUUCCCUACUGCUUUUGUAAACACCACUACGAUUUAACAAGCUCAUCUAAGUCCGGAUUCCUAUUUCCUGCCUUUUUCAAAUCUGACCUAUGUUUUGAAGUAGACCAAUUUGGACUGUUGGACCUCAUCUAUAAAUUAGAAUUCUAUUUUGAGUCGUAGACCAAGUAUCAGUUAAAUCUGAGUGGGCUUAAAAAUUUUAGAGGCAGAAGCUGGUAAGUGAAGCUUGGGACUUGAACUUUCUGUAUCUCUUAAGAGAAGCGAGUGGAAAAGCCAAAUGAUCAUGUAGUGCUGCUGGAGAUGACGUAGUCACUCGCAACCAAAAGGGCAACACGCCCGUGGCCACCUGACACCGGGGUCAUCAGCUGGCAUUUAAUCUGGAGAAAGGGAACUGUAAAUGGAACUUUUAUCUUAAAUUCAGACAGUACAGGGUAAUCCCAUAAUUCCCUAGCACUCAAGAAGCUUUGUAGGUUAACAGUGUUUUGGUUUCUCUUCUAGCUCAGCCAGUGUAUCUCGCCCUUAACAACUAUUGGCUUUGCUUUUCCUGCAGUUGAAGCUCUCCUUGGAACAGGGCUAACUGGAAAAAUACUUUGACCGUAGCUCUAGUACUUCCAAAUAAACUCAUAUCUGGAUUUUUAAAUGAAGCCCCAAGACAAAGUCUGUGUCUGAAAAGAUUCCACAAUUUUGAGUGUGUUCUUUUUAUCCUCCCAGCCUACCUUCCUCCCGCCUCCUUCCCAGCAUUGCCUCCUACACCUUCCAUUUUUUUGGCCGUUAUAAUCACAGCCAUUUUACUUUGAUACCAUAUCUGCCUUUCAGGACAAUGGAAUUAGAUAUUCCUAGUGUCUUUGAGCGACAGUGGUCCCCAGCGAAGCUGUUUUCUCCCAGGUUACCUGACUAGAAGCUGGAAUCAAGGGUGGUGAACACAGCAACCUUCCCAGAGCAGGAGGGCUGGGCUUUAGCCAUCCAAGUGACCUGCUGUGACCCUGUGCUCUCUCUUGUGGGCCUGAUGGCUCCUUUGCUAUUAAGUGGCAAAUUGCAUUUGGAGUGUCUCCUUCCUUUUCAGAGAACAGAGUUAAUCAAGGCAAAUCAGCAAGCCCCCAAAGUGCUAUAAUUUAAAAUCAUGAUUACAUACUUUAAAAUCAGCCAACUUGGACUGCUUGAGUUAUCUUGGCUUUUAGAACCUAAACUGUAACUAUUCUAUCGUACCGGAAGAAGGCACAUUUCAUUAGUUUUCUGGCUUCCCAUUCCCCAAAACAACUUCUAACCACUGUUUAAGACAGUUUUUAUUUGUUUUUUUGGAGGCAAGAGGGGGAACCUAAUGUGAGAGUAAAGGAGAAAAGCUUAUUUUUUCUUCUUUUUAGAAGCUAGAGAAGGUAAUUAAGGCUUCCUGUGAGUUGUCUUUUACUUGCAUACUUUUUUUUUUCUUUUGAUGUUGGUAAAUUUGGUGUAUUACAUGGAGCUUCUCUAUUUCAAACUGGAAACUGUCUUCUCUGAAGGUGGUGUAUGAUGUUAUUUUGAACUGCUAGAGCUUUGGUCAAUAUUUCCUUCUGUAUACGUCACAGAGGGCACCAUUGAGAAUUGUGUACAGAGGACCUCAGAAUACAAAAUUGUCAGGACCGUGUAGUCAUCUUUCUGCUGGCUGGUUUCUCCCCCCUCCUGUUACAAUUUUUGUUUUAAAUCAUGGGGUUUUUCUUGUUUUUGUUUGUUUUGUUUGUUUUCUGACCCACCCCUUUCGUUGAUCUGCAAAGUAGUUCCUUCUUUGAGAAAAGAGUUUCUUUUGCCUCGUUCCGUAUGCCUUCCCCACUGGUACUGAUGGUUUUGAUCAUAAAUUGGUGGAAGAACAACGUACCUCGUAGAAGGAAGCCCUGUCUGCCAUUUCCAGGUGCCAAUGGCUAAGCAGAUGUACUGCAAAAGUGGUAACUGUAAUGUGCACACUAUUGGUUAUUUUUAAUAAGCCUCUUCCUACUAGAACGUUUUAUUUUCCUUGUUCACCAUACAAUCAUGUACUCUUUAACAGAAAUUACUUUUAAAAAAAUCUGGAACUAUCUUUAAAAGAACUUUAUUAAUAAUCAUGUAUUUUUACUGAUCACAUUUUGAAAUGCCUAAAAGACUUUAUUGUUCUAAUUAUCCAGAUGUACCUUUGUAAAAUAGCUCUUUUAUGAAUUAGCUGAUAAGGCUGUAUGUUUCUGGAACAAAAUAUUGGUCAUCUAAAAACUUUCUGUUUUCUGGGGUCUGGGAAAAUAGAAAAUGAGAGUUCAAAUAUUAAAUAUGCUUAAAGGAA